UGAAAAGCUGUCGGAUAACCUCUGUGAUUGAUGAGAGCUUUCAGAGUGAAGCUCUGGCUUCAUAAUCAGAUGAUUGGCUUCAUUAUAUUCACUACUGCCUUAGGACAACUUGGGAGUUGGAUAUCAAUCAUCUGUAAAACAAUCACCUGUCUUGCUGGGUUUGUUCUCUUGUUCUUUGCACCCUGUUGUUCAGUACUGAUUUGUAAAACCCAUGAACAGGGUUAUGAUAAGAGCUCAUGAAAUUUUAGCAUAACCAGUGAUGAUGGAAAAGACUUUAUUUCUUGUCUAUAGGGAAGCAGCAUCAUAUAUUGAAAGUUGAAGUGUAUUUUUCCGCAAAUAUACUGUUGUUUCUGGGGCACGUUGCUUCUCUGUUUGAAAGAAGCAAAUUGCUUUAAGCCUAGUUUUCAAAAGUGAGACUGACUUCACUGAUGAUAUGUCUUCAUUCCAAAAUCUAAGGGAGCCCUAAGGUUUCCAUAACCACUAGCUCUUUGGAGGCACUCAGCUCCCAUCACAAAUUGCUCUUUCUUGGUAUUGUAGGCUUUGCUGUGACUCAGCCUGCCAAAUGGGUUGGUUUGAAGGACUAGCAAUAAAAAAAGCCUUACUGUAAUGCCUAUAGCUUGGGAUAUAAAGUCACAAAAAUUCCAAAACAACCUAUAAAGAUGCAGUGACUAACCCUGCAGAUAAAAGCUAAGCACAAAGAUGCAUCUAAUUAUUGCAGUCUGCAGUUCUAUGAGUGAAAAAAAAAAAAGAACAAAUGUGUAAUGUACACUAGCUAACGCCGGUUAAUUCAACAGAAAAUAUCUACCAAAAUAUUCUCAAAACCUAACACGUCAAAAUAGCAAGUAUUUUUAAAAAUCCAUAUUCAAUCCAUGUGAAACAUUCUGGAAUAUCAAGAAAAGAUUGCAGUAAUGCAUUGCAGUGCAGUGAGCAUGAAAUGAGUAAAAGCUGGUCUGAUAUUUAAAAACAAAAAGCUUCCGUUUUAUCCUCAGUGUGGACUUUUCCCUCCUCCCCUGGCAGGCUCCAGCAAUCUCUUCCCAGCAGGCCUAUGCUCACAGCCCUGCUCAGCCUCUCCCUGCAGCCAGGCCUCACAGAACAGAGGGACCUCACUCAGUAUCCGGAUCGCUGCCUACCAGGAGAUGAUUGCAAUCCUACCUUGCACAGCCAUUGCUGCCAUUCUAUUCAGGAGGUACUUCCUAAUAGCACUGACUUCAUGUCUGCUCUGGAACAAAUCUGGCUCUAGUAUGGCUGUGGACUCUAAACCCAACAUACUUUUGUUCCUGGCUGAUGAUCUUGGCAUCGGAGAUGUAGGAUGUUAUGGGAACAAUACCAUAAGGACCCCAAACAUUGACCGCCUGGCAAGAGAAGGAGUGAAGCUUACUCAGCACAUUGCCGCAGCUCCACUCUGCACUCCAAGCAGAGCAGCUUUUCUCACUGGCAGAUACCCCAUCAGAUCAGGAAUGGCUUCCAGCAACCGAUACCGAGCACUGCAGUGGAAUGCUGGGUCGGGGGGGCUCCCUGCAAAUGAAACAACUUUUGCCAGACUCCUGCAGCAACAAGGUUAUACCACUGGGCUGAUAGGAAAGUGGCAUCAAGGUGUAAACUGUAUAUCCUCCAAUGACCAUUGUCACCAUCCUCUAAAUCAUGGGUUUGACUACUUUUAUGGCAUGCCUUUUACACUUCUAAACAACUGUCAAGAAAACAAACCUCCAGAGCUGGAUGCAGCCUUUCAAGCCAAGCUUUGGCUUUACAGUCAGAUAAUUGCCCUCACUGUGUUUACUCUUGCUGCUGGAAGACUGAUUGGUUUGGUUUCCAUCCGCUGGAAGAUAAUUGCCUGUUUCUCUUUGGCGGGCUGCCUUUUCUUCAUUUCUUGGUACUCCAGUUAUGGCUUUGUGCAGCGUUGGAACUGCAUCCUGAUGAGGAACCAUGAUAUCACUGAGCAGCCAAUGAGGUUAGAAAGGACUGCUUCCCUCAUGCUGAAGGAGGCAAAGUCAUUUAUCAAAAGAAACAGACAUGGACCAUUCCUUCUCUUUGUUUCCUUUCUUCAUGUUCACACACCUCUCUUCACCACAGAGAAAUUUCUUGGGAAAAGCCAUCACGGUUUGUAUGGAGACAAUGUAGAAGAAAUGGACUGGAUGGUGGGUGAAAUUUUAGAUUUGCUUGACAAGGAAGGUUUGAAAAAUCAGACAUUCACAUACUUUGCUUCUGAUCACGGAGGACACUUGGAAGCUCAGGAUGGUUCUGCCCAGAUAGGUGGCUGGAAUGGCAUUUAUAAAGGUGGAAAAGGCAUGGGAGGUUGGGAAGGAGGGAUCCGUGUGCCAGGAAUAUUCAGGUGGCCAGGAAUUUUACCUGCAGGCACAGUUAUCAAUGAACCUACAAGUCUGAUGGAUAUUUUUCCCACAGUUAUUCAUCUGGCUGGAGGAAUAUUGCCACAGGACAGGGUAAUCGACGGACGAAACUUGAUGCCUUUACUCCAAGGAAGAACUCAAAAGUCAGAGCAUAAGUUUCUCUUUCAUUAUUGUGGAUCCUACUUGCACGCAGUGCGGUGGCACCAAAAGGACAGUGGAGCUGUCUGGAAGGCUCACUAUGUAACCCCAGUCUUUCAUCCAGCUGGAGCUGGGGCUUGUUAUGGAAAAGGAAUUUGCCCAUGUUUUGGGGAAGGUGUGACCCAUCAUGACCCUCCACUGCUGUAUGACCUCUCACGAGACCCUUCUGAGUCCCAGCCUCUGUCAGCUGACACUGAACCCCUUUUUGACACUGUAAUAGAGCAGAUUGAGAAAGCCAUUGAAGAGCACCGCAGGACACUGACUGCAGUCCCACAGCAGCUUUCCUUGUACAACAUUAUUUGGAAGCCGUGGCUGCAGCCCUGCUGUGGGACAUUCCCAUUCUGUUGGUGUGAUAAAGAAGGUGACAGCACACAGAGUUUGUGAGAUGGAUGACUGCUAGCGUGUCCCAUGGCUCUGAGUCCUUUGCUGACCAAACUUUCAGAAAAUAAUCAUGUCCUUUGUCUUGCAAGCCAAGUGAAUGAAAAUAAAGUAAUUUUGAGUAAA